UCCCUGCUCAGAUGCUGGGGCUGUAGGCGCCGCGCGGUCAGCUGGUUGCAGCUCGCAGGGAGGACGCCGGCGCUCGCCUUCCCUGCGCUGCCCCCGCCGCUGCCAUGAUUCCGGUGUCGCUGGUGGUAGUGGUGGUGGGCGGCUGGACUGCCGUCUACCUGACCGACUUGGUGUUGAAGUCAUCUGUAUAUUUUAAGCAUUCUUAUGAAGACUGGCUGGAAAACAACGGAUUGAGCAUCUCCCCUUUUCACAUAAGAUGGCAGACUGCUGUUUUCAAUCGUGCCUUUUAUAGUUGGGGACGGCGGAAAGCAAGGAUACUUUACCAGUGGUUCAAUUUUGGAAUGGUGUUUGGCGUAAUUGCCAUGUUCAGCUCUUUUUUUCUUCUGGGGAAAACGCUGAUACAGACUUUAGGCCAAAUGAUGGCUGACUCUUCUUAUUCCUCCUCCUCCUCCUCUUCCCAUUCUUCUUCCUCUUCCUCUUCUUCCUCCUCUUCCUCCUCCUCUUCCUCACUUUACAAUGAACAGGUGCUCCAAGUUGUGGUUCCUGGCAUUAAUUUACCCGUCAACCAACUGACCUAUUUCUUCGCUGCAGUCCUCAUUAGCGGUGUUGUACAUGAAAUUGGACAUGGAAUAGCAGCUAUUAGGGAACAAGUUCGAUUUAAUGGCUUUGGGAUUUUUCUCUUCAUUAUUUAUCCUGGAGCAUUUGUUGAUCUGUUCACCACUCAUUUGCAACUUAUAUCACCAGUCCAGCAGCUAAGGAUAUUUUGUGCAGGUAUCUGGCAUAAUUUCAUCCUUGCACUCCUGGGUAUUUUAGCUCUUAUUCUCCUUCCUGUAAUUCUCUUGCCGUUUUACUACACUGGAGUUGGGGUGCUUAUCACUGAAGUUGCUGAGGACUCACCUGCAAUUGGACCCAGAGGCCUUUUUGUGGGAGACCUUGUCACCCAUCUACAGGAUUGUCCUGUUACCAAUGUACAAGACUGGAAUGAAUGUCUGGAAACCAUCACCUAUGAGCCCCAAAUUGGUUACUGUAUAAGUGCAUCAACUUUGCAGCAGUUAAGCUUCCCAGUUAGAGCGUACAAACGGCUAGACGGUUCGACUGAAUGCUGUAACAAUCACAGCCUUACAGAUGUUUGCUUUUCCUAUAGAAAUAAUUUUAAUAAGCGUUUGCAUACAUGUCUACCUGCCCGGAAAGCAGUUGAAGCCACCCAAGUCUGUAGAACCAAUAAAGACUGUAAGAAAAGCUCAAGUUCAAGUUUCUGUAUAAUACCUUCUUUGGAAACUCAUACACGCUUAAUAAAAGUGAAACACCCACCUCAAAUUGAUAUGUUAUAUGUAGGACAUCCGCUGCACCUUCACUACACAGUGAGCAUCACCAGUUUUAUCCCACGUUUCAAGUUUCUAAGCAUAGAUCUGCCUGUGGUUGUGGAGACAUUUGUCAAGUACCUGAUUUCCCUCUCGGGAGCUCUGGCAAUUGUUAAUGCAGUGCCCUGCUUUGCUUUGGACGGACAGUGGAUUUUAAACUCUUUCCUAGAUGCUACUCUUACCUCAGUGAUUGGAGACAAUGAUGUCAAAGAUCUGAUAGGAUUUUUCAUCUUGCUUGGUGGCAGUGUACUUUUGGCUGCCAAUGUGACCCUGGGCCUCUGGAUGGUUACAGCACGGUAAUAUUUGGACUCAUCUGAUAGAAUCUCUGAGUUACAGUAUAUAAUACUGAAAACCUUACUUGGUAUGAAAUAAAAAGUGAUUCCUUAAAAUUGCAUUUUAGCCAACAACUUUAAGUUCUUUAUUCAGCAUAUCCAAACUCUGGGAUGGGGGAGAAACAGAAGAAAUGAAAGACAUACUCCAUGAUUAGUUUUACAGACUGAACCUACAAACUUCAGAUGUUUGUGGAACAAUUGAAACAAGUGCAAAUUCAUAUUAAACCAUUUUUGUGUGGCUAUAUACUGUAUUGAAAUACUGUGAAGGAAAACAGAAUUGGGUAGGAUUAAUUGAGAAAAAACUUCCUGAAAAAGCAUCAUUAAUCCAGAUUUGAAGAAGACCAGGCUUUGGCCGAGUGGGAAGGUGAGCAUUUUCUUGGUCUAUAUUUCUUGUCUUUAAUCUUGUUGGAAAGUAUUUUAAAAUUCAGUGGUAUGUUGGUGGCUCAGAUGUUAAAGAAUUCGCCUGCAAU